AAUGUACCAAGAUAAGCUGUGCACAUAAAUAUCCCUGUGUGGUCACAUCAAAUCAUAUUCACCAACACAACAUCAACAGCGGCUCCUCGUCUUCUGGGUUCAUUUUGCAAGUCAAGAACAAUGAAACACAGUUCAGUUCUGCUUUUGCUGUUCCUUCUGGGGACGUGCUCGGCUUACACCUAUCAAAAUGUGGCCUUGCGUGGGAAAGCGACCCAGUCAAACCGUUAUGCUGACAUGUAUGGUUUUGCCCACAAUGCUAUUGAUGGAAAUCGUGAAUCUGACUACAGCGCCGGAUCAUGCACGCACACUAUUGAACAGACCAACCCCUGGUGGAGAGUGGACCUGCUGGAGUUCUACAUCGUCACCUCCAUCAUCAUCACCAACAGAGGAGACGCCUUUCCAGAAAGGAUCAACGGGGCAGAGAUUCACAUCGGCAACUCUUUACAAGACAAUGGUGCUGCAAACCCAGUGGUUGGUGUAAUUUCUCAUAUUCCAGCAGGCAGGUCUCUAAUAAUUACUGUUACCAGUCUUGUGGAGGGACGUUAUGUCACUGUGGUUCUACCUGGUUUAAAAAGAGUCCUUACACUCUGCGAAGUGGAAGUCUACGGGUACCGGGCCCCAACUGGAGAGAACCUGGCACUCCAAGGAAAAGCCUCACAGUCAUCAUUGUAUUCUAACGGCAUUGCAUAUAAUGCUAUAGAUGGGAAUCGUGAUGGCAUCUGGAGCCAGGGUUCUUGUACGCACACAAAAUCCGACUUUAACCCCUGGUGGCGACUGGACCUGGUCAAAACCCACAAAGUGUUUUCUGUUAACAUAACCAACUCUGUAGAUUCUGUCCCACAACGACUCAAUGGAGCUGAAAUUCGAAUUGGAUAUUCUCUUGAUAACAAUGGAAACAACAAUCCUAGGUGUGCUGUGAUCUCAAGCAUCCCUGGAGGUUUCACCGAAACCUUCCAGUGUAACGGGAUGGACGGUCGCUACGUUAACAUCGUUAUUCCUGGAAGAAGCGAGUACCUGACCCUGUGUGAGGUGGAGGUCUAUGGCUCCAGACUGGAUUAGG